AUGGAUUUCCAACACAGAGCUGGGGGCAAGACGGGGAGCGGUGGGGUGGCGUCCUCCUCAGAGAGCAACCGGGAUCGGCGAGAGCGGCUCCGCCAGCUGGCCCUGGAGACCAUUGACAUCAACAAGGACCCCUAUUUCAUGAAGAACCAUCUGGGCUCUUAUGAGUGUAAACUGUGUCUGACACUCCACAACAAUGAGGUAAGGAAGUGCUCAUAUUAACAUAACUCUUUAUAUGAUGAUCAAUUGUCAUUUUAAUUCAAGAUUUUAACCAUUGUUGUUUUCUCUUUACAGGGCAGCUACCUGGCCCAUACACAGGGAAAGAAGCAUCAGACGAAUUUGUAAGUACAUAUGUAUUACUACUACUUUUGUGUCAUUUAAGCAUUGUGUAUAUUUGGUGUUGCUCACUUCCCUGUUUUGUUGAAUGCAGAGCGAGAAGAGCAGCCAAAGAAGCGAAAGAAGCUCCCGCCCAGCCAGCCCCCGAAAAGGUGAAAGUUGAGGUCAAGAAAUUUGUGAAGAUUGGUCGACCGGGGUACAAAGGUAGGUUAUUAUGUGUUUUGAUGUUAGUCAUCAUCAGGCUCUCAAAGGAUUCGAUGACUCUAGAACAAUCUAAUGUACUGAAAUGUAUUGAUAUUAUUUCCCUUCUCAACAGUAACAAAACAGAGAGAUCCAGAGAGCGGUCAACAGUCUUUACUUUUCCAGGUGAGUCUGAAUCAGAGUAUGUGAGCGGAGCUGGAGCGGAAGGAGGAGCGGAGAGUGCCCAAUUUGACUUGAGUGUGGAGCGAGAUUCCCAAAGGCUGGAGCUUCAGCCUUCUCGCCUGCUCCAAUUUCGCUCCAGUAGCACUCACAUCACCAGCUCAGGGCAUGCCCGGCCCAGCAUACAUUUGUAGUCUACUUGUGUGCUGCAAAUAGCCCCUUGCUACUGUCAUGGAGUUCACUAAAUAUUUUCAUAAAGAAACUGAUAAAACACACAGGUGCUAAAUCAAGGUGAUUUACAAAGAUGAGGACCAAGAGCAAGAGAGGGAGUGCGGUGAUGUAGUGUCCACAACUAAAGAAUCAUUGUGGAAUCUGAAAGACACUUAUCCCAAAAGCCUGAAGCCACAGACUGGCCAAACUCGUGUUUCUAAAUAAUGAAUUCAAAGGCACUAAUAAGUCAUUUUUUGUUUAAUUUGUAUUUCAUUCUAAGCAAGUGACAGCCUAUAUGCACAAUUGAUAGACUAUAUAAUGAUUGAAUACAACAAAAUGUUGUUUAAAUGCUGAGCGUUUUAUGUUCCUACCAGCCUAUUGUGUCGCACUCACAAAUGCUUCACAAUGUAUUUCUUUGUAGGCUAUAGCCUUGAAAUAAUAUAGCCUAAAUCAUUUAUUUUCAUUUCUUCUUAGGCUCCCUGUCUGGCUCCUGACCUAUUUAGAGUGUUUAUAUGCUGUUUAAUAUCACAUGUAGCCUAUUUGAAAUUAUGUUCGCUUCUUACAUUCACCUUUUCAUUUCUAUUCAAAAACUUUUCAUUCAAAUCCAUAUGGUUUGGUUUCAAUACUUAAAAACCAAUUGGUAGGUCCAGGUAGUCUAAAAAAUAGAAGGGUGUAAAUGUUUUUGUGCCAUCUUUAUUCUAUUAGAGAAAACAUUCUUUAAAAUUAUAUUAUGUGAGCUAAGCGUAAGAAUAAAAAAUGAAAACACUAUUUUUAAAUUGUACCUUUAUUUAACUAGGCAAGUCAGUUAAGAACAAAUUCUUAUUUACAAUGACGGCCUACACCGGCCAAACCCGGACGACGCUGGGCCGAUUGUGCGCCGCCCUAUGGGACUUUUAAUCACGGUUGUGAUACUGCCUGGAAUCGAACCAGGGGGUCUGUAGUGACACCUCAAGCACUGAGAUGCAGUGCCUUAGACCGCUGCGCCACUCGAGAACACUUUUUGGGUUACUACAUGAUUCCAUAUGUGUUAUUUCAUAGUCUUGAUGUCUUCACUAUUAUUCUACAAUGUAGAAAAUAGUAAAAAUAAAGAAAAACCCUUGAAUGAGUAGGUGUUCUAAAACUUUUGACCGGUAGUGUACAUAUGAGGAGAAAGCUAAAGUCUACCUAUCCAUUGAUGUAAAUAUAUCCCCUGUCUGAUUCCCAGUUCGUCCACUAGAUUGCAGUAGGAGAUCACAUGACGUCUCUUGGCCACUUGAAACCAGUUGCUUCUGGUUUGGGUAGUGAGUCACUGUCAAAAUGGCUGAACGGAUUUUCAAGCCUGUACAGGGCCCAAAACAAUGCUCAGAGUUUAACAGGAUAUACGAUUAAACCCACCAUUUAAUGGUAUUGUGACAGCCGUAUUGGAUAUUAGACACCAUAAUGGCAAAGAUAUUUAUAACUAACCCAAGAUAGUUAAUCUGUGACUGUUACAGUGGGAGCAAAUUAAGCAUAGUGGGCAGAACAAACAAGGAGGUGGGCAAAGCCAAGCACGAGCUAGCGAAAUCCUCAUUUAAUAAGCCAAUCACUGGCCGUUAGGGAACGCCUCCUCUGUGAAGUGCGGCAUCACAAACUCAAUUCGACCUUGCACUCCUUCUAAACAACUCAAUUUUUAUACAACUUUGGCAAAGCGGCAAGUCUCUAUAAAACUUAAUGCACUGUGUCCGUAACAGAUUCUAGUUUUGGAAACAGAAAAAUCGAUAAGAUGCCCAGUUUCACCUAGUUCCAUCCUCUCCCACUACCCGCGACUGGACUUCCUCUCACUACCAUAUUUGGUGUUGAGAAACAUUCUAAACGGAUGCUUCAACUUUAUAGCCCCGUGUCUGGGUUUCUCCUUCUGUCUGUGAUAAUGGAUUUGGAGUCAAAUCUAGGGGGCCCCCUAACGUAGUUGCAAGAGGCUGAACAUAUAAUAUCCACAGAGGAACCUUUGACUGAAAGGAAAUGACCGUUUUCACUGUCUCAGCCCACUUGUUUUCCUUAGGGCUGAUUUAGAUAACUAAAGCCAUAACAUAAAAAAAACACAUUUAACUGUGUGUAUUUUUGUCAGGCAGGACCAUACAGCACUGAAUGAGAUUACAUUUGACUUGGAAAGUUGUCUAUUAAUCAGCUACAAAAAAGUAAAGCUUUCAUUCAUCAUAAAUAGUCAUAGUUGAUAUUUCUACCUAUUGUAUCUCUGUGUUUGCAGGGCUAUAUUUCCAAGAUGCAUUAAGAUAUCCUAAUUUUGUUUGUUUGUGUAUGUAGGGCAGACAACUGACUACUUUUAUUCCAAAACAUGUUUAUAUCAGAGCUUGCAAUAUAUUAUAUUGGGUUACAUGAGCUUAUGUGGCCCACCCCCCUCCCAGGCAUUAUUCUGCACGUUUUGAGUUUAAGGGGUGUGUCACAAUAUCUAUUAGGGAUGUGCAGCUUUCCCUUCCAAGUCGAUUCGAUACGUAUCUACACUGAACAAAAAUAUAAACGCAACAUGUAAAGUGUUGGUCCCAUGUGUCAUGAGUUGAAAUGUUCCAAAUGCACAAAAAGCUUAUUUCGCGCAAAGUUUGUGUACACAUUUAUUUACUUCCCUCUUAGUGAGCAUUUCUCCUUUGCCAAGAUAAUCCAUCCUCCUGACAGGUGUGGCAUAUCAACAAGCUGAUUAAACAACAUGAUCAUUACACAGGUCCACCUUGUGCUGGGGUCGAUAAAAGGCCACUCUAAAAUGUGCAACAACACAAUGCCACAGAUGUCUCAAGUUUUGAGGGAGUGUGCAAUUGGCAUGCUGACUGCAGGAAUGUCCACCAGAGCUGUUGCCAGAGAAUUGAAUAUUCAUUUUUCUACCACCUGCCUCCAACGUCGUUUUAGAGAAUUUGUCACAAUUUUCAACAGCGCAUAGAUAACCUAUGAAAUUACAUAAGUUGUCACUCAACUAAAAAAGCCUAAUAUCAUGCAAGCCAUUUUAGCAUUUGAAUGCUGAAGGUGCAGAUGUGCAAGAUCAGGAAUAGGCCGUCUACCUCGCGUUGGUCAGCGCGUGAAGCGGGGCACAGUUUGACUAGGCUACUGAUACUGCCUGGUUUCGGCAUGCAAAAUGACUGUCAACACAGUUAGUCCUACAUGCAGUUCGACACUGAAGGAGAGGACGCAUCAGUUGUCACAAAAUAUGAGGGAUUUUUGGAAGGUAGAAAGAAGGUAAUAUGCGCAACAACAAAAAACGGUGAACCGGUAAUUCUUAACGUUUAAAUGGAGACCAAUGCAUGUUCCUUUUUGGAUCGGUUUGGGGUCCGCGGACUGAUGCACUUGUAUCUUAAACAUUUAAAUCUGGGACCGAUGCGUAUCAGUGAAUCGUUAAAUCUUUAAUAUCUAUCAAUUGAACCACUUUUGCAUAAACAUAUUUUUUUCACAACCAUCCAUUUCAUAAAUGGGAGACAUUAUAGAUGUUAAAGAACAUGGUUGUGUUUUGUUCUAAGGUAGGGGUAUCUCAAACCUAAAGCCCUUUUGGAAGUAUUGGCCAGUAGCCAACAUUUCUACUCUCUUGUAAGACUUAGGAGACACUGGCUACCUUGACUAAUUGUCCUCUUCCUCCCCUAUCAGAUUGAUUACCCAGAGAUAGCAGAGGGCAUAGGACCCAGACAUCGCUUCAUGUCUGCAUACGAGCAGCGCAUCGAGCCCCCAGACCGUCGUUGGCAGUACCUUCUACUGGCUGCAGAGCCCUACGAGACGAUCGCCUUCAAGGUGUGUGCGUGUGUCUGGACCUAAGAAAAUCCCCAAUCACUCUCAUUUGUCUUUGCUUCGUUCUGUUUUCCUAUGAAUGACAACUUAUACCUUUUUUGUGUCUUCUAUAUUUAUGCAGGUGCCAAGCAGAGAGAUUGAUAAAGGCGAGAGUCGCUUCUGGACCCACUGGAACAAAGAUACAAAACAGGUCAAGUACAUUUGGUGUUGACAGUCUCAUGGAUGGUUGUAUCUGAAUUGGUUUUUGGAGGAUAUUUAGGUAUUAAUGGAAUCCAACUGAAUGUACUGUCUCUCUCCAGUUCUUCCUCCAGUUCCACUUCAAGAUGGAGAAAGCCCUCGCCCCACCCAGCGGACCCGUACCCCCCAUGGGUGUAAAGCGCCCCCCUCCCCUGAUGAGUGGGAUGGGGCCUCGACCCCCCAGUGAGCCCAUGCCCCCUCCGCCUCCAGGGGGGAUGAAUAUGCCCCCUUUGCCCCCUGGUGCCCCCGGGCCAUCCCCAGAUGCACCACCACCAUCAAAUGCAACACAGUGGCCCCGGUAUGGGUAUGUCCACCCCUGA